CCUUAUUCCCAAUUUCCCAAAUCAAUUCCUAAAAACAAAAAAUCCCCUAAGUGCCGCUCAUCACCUCCAGCUGUCCAACGCCGCUGCCCGUCGACAGCCGUCUCCACUCCGGCGGUCACUCUAUCUCCCGCUUACUCUUUCGCCGGCGCCCAUCACCGUUGCGUCGUCCCGCUCGUUCUUCCAUCAAGACACUGUCGUCGUUCCGGUCAAGCUGCUGCUUCCUCUGUCGCCGGCGUUCACCACUGCCGUCGCCUCCUCCGCUCCAGCCUUCAGACGUUGCCAUGCCGCUGUGCCGCCGGUCAAUCUCAUCCAGUUCCAGUCUCAGCUCAUCCGUCUUGCCUUCAAGUUUCCAACCAGACCAAAUACCAGAAAAUUAAUUUAAGCUUAAACCAGUUUAGUUUCUGAUGGCGACGACAACCCCGGUUAGUCAAAAUCAAAGAAAGCGUGGUUUAGAAGAAGCAUUAGAAAGAAGGUUUGCCGUUGCUAAAGCCGAGCUUCUUCAAGAACAGAAGAAAAACAAAAAGACAUUGGUUGAAGAAGAUGGAAAAGAAAUUUCUUGCACUAAAGCACCCAUUGCUCCUUCCUCCAAUUUGUCAUCGAAGAAAGGAAAUUUUCCCUUCUCGGGUCCCUCUAGUUCACAAGAUGUUGAAGAAAAUGGUGAAGUAUAUUCCAAGCUAUCGGAACCUAUGCAUGAGAAAUUGUUACCCUCUGAUUCCAAGUUUUCCAACAAAAAAGGAAGCAUGGCAGAUAAGAUAUUGCAUGAACUUCUUCAAGGUGGUGAUUCAGCUCAGAAAUAUAUGCAAGGAUCUAGAAGUAUCAAAUUCGAAAAUUGGAUCCUUCUUGAUAAUUUCGUGAAAGGUCGACUUAUGUCUACCGGCUCUCAAAUCAGGGCUUUGAAGAACCACUCUAAGCGCUCUAAAAGACAUAUGUCGAUGAAGCAGCUUAAGACAUCUGGAUUAUUUGAGCUGCCUCAAGCUAUGCAAAAGUUUGAUACAUUUAAACCAAUGCAUGAAAUGUGGAAAGGCUACAUGAAUCAACUUCUCAAAACUAGUGGGAAAAAUCAGUUGGCUCAAUGUCUUAUUGGUGCGGAUCUACAUGGUGCUCUCAUUCUAGUGGCUGAGUGUAAGGUAACCAGUUUCACUGGAGUGAGUGGUAUUAUGAUUCGUGAGACUGCGGAAACAUUUGGUCUAAUAACGCAGGACAAUAAAUUCCGAGUUGUCCCCAAAAAGUUAUCUAUCUUCAUAUUCCAAGUUGAUUGUUGGAAAAUUACAUUACAAGGCGAUAAACUCACUUCAAGAAACUCGGGUUUGUGAUGUUUUAACAUUUAUACUAAACAUCCCAUUUUAGGCUUUCCUUUUCACUCAGAGUUCCACAUGGGAGACUAUUAAAGUAACUUUGUUAUCAUUUUUUUACCUUGAGAGAAUAUACCAGAAGAAGAGAGAUAUCAAGGUAUAGUUCCUUUACAAUUAGAAAAUUUAGAGAAUGCUGUUGUGUUUUUGCCCAUUUCCUUCAAGAAUUAGAAUCAAAUUGCUAAGUUUCUAUCCUUUUUUAUUUUGUAGUCUUUGUAUUGGACCCAUUAAUGGUUGCUUGAAAAUAAAAUUACACAUUUUAUUUUGUAGUCUCUCAUUUAUUUAGUUUUCUUUAUUAUUUAAAUAGAUUAUUGUUUGGCACGGUUAUUAAAUAAUUAUCUUUUCUAAACACCAAUUAAGAACACACGCUGACUUUAGGUAAAUGAGACAUUUUGCAUACAAUGACCAGAAAUCACGAAUAAAAUCAAUAUAUGAGACUAGAAGGCAAUUUACAUCAAUAAACAAACAAAGAAGGCAAGUUGUCCAUAUUAUUAUUUUCAACAUGGCAAACAUAUGGUACCAGUAAAAUUAUAAAAGAUCUUAUUUAUGUUUUUUUUAAUAAAUAGCAGUGUCAUCAUUAAAAAUUUAUGCGAAUGCUUGGUUGAAACUUGAAAGCAGGAGCCAACACCCCACAAUUUUAAUUAAUUCCAUGUUACCAUAUGCGUAUGUAUAUAUUAUAUUCCUGCCUUGAAGGUAUAAGCUCAGCGACCUCUUGGAACCCUACUUCAAGUGAAAAGAACCAGCCAACAUGGGUAUGUUUAAUUAUUCUCACUUCAUAGCUCAAAUUCUUUAGUUUUUCUAUUGUUUGUUUACACUGCUCUUGCAGAUUAAAUUCUUUAGUUUCUUUUUUCUCUUGCCUUGGGAAGUACUUUCUUUUUAUGCAAUACUGAUUUUUAUGUAUAGCUUUAAGUGUAUUGCUGCUGCUUUUGAUGAAAACUUUGCCCCUUUUUCAGAAUUUUGAUAAUUUGUUGCUCAGAGUAUUGAACUGAAAUUCGAUUUAGACCGCUCAAUUUAUCUAACUCCUUUUUCCAUUUUACUGUUUGUCUUUUUCAUGAUUGUCUUCUUCUAAAAUAGCAUCUGUAGUUGCUACUCUUUAGUGGCAUAAUGUAAAAUGUAGUCCUUUAACAUUUAUAUCUUUUGUUAAUUUGGUAUCAAAUUGUAUUUUGUCAAAUUUGGGGUAAAAGUACCGUGGAGGCCCUUAUAUUAGAAGUCAAAUUGUAUUUUGCCCUCUUACUCAAAAAAUAUAUAAAUUAGUCCUUGUACGUUAGAUCAAAGAGUAAACUGGUCUUUUUAUUAAAAGUUUCAUCCAUUUCUACUGUUAAAAAUCGGUCUCUGUAUGUCAACAUGAGCUACACCUGUCAUGCCACGUGUUAUUGUCUGGUUAUUCUAUCAGCUACAUAGUUUUUAACAGUAUAAAUGGAUUAACUUUUUAACAAAAAUGAUCAAUUUGCUCUUUGAUCUAACAUACAGAGACAAAUUUGCCCUUUUUUGGAUAGAGGGAACAAAAUGCAAUCUGACUUCUAAUAUAGGGGCCUCUAUGGUACUUUUACCCUAUAUUUGGUUUUCAACCUUUAGAAAAGAGUCAAAUUUGAUCAACCUUUUGAAAAAGAGUCGUAAUGAUAUUUUUAACGAAAAUACUUACUAAAAUGUUAAAUUUUUAAACGUGGUAGCUUACAUGACAAUCUACGUGUACUUCAUUUUAAUAUUUUUUUUGAAUUUUUAUGAAUUUUGAUUUAUUUUUUAUUUUUAAAUUAUUUGUUGAAGUGGCAUAAUAAGACAAACAAUGUCAUGUCAGCAUGAAUUGCAAGCGAAUUGCCAUGUAGGUUGUCACACUAACAAUAUUGAAAAGUGAUAGCUUAGAAAAAGAAUAAAGGCUAAAUUGAUAGAAAAUGUAAACUUUGAGGGCUAAAUUUAUCAUUAUGCUUUUUUUUAAGGUAGAUUUUAUGUUUUCAUUAUAAAUGUGUCCCUAAAAUACCAUGACUUGUUAAGAAAACAAAGGCUAAUUCACAAUGAUUGCAGACAUUAAAGAGCUUUCCUCAGCUGAGGCCAUUGAAAGAGUGGUGGAGUUCAUGUCAACACUCUGAACAGAAAGUGGGUGGAAUUCUUUCCAGCCUCUUCGCUUAUACGAAGGCUUUUGGACCUUCCCUCAUUUCCUCGAAAGCGUCAUAUUAGCUUAACACCGUUUCAAGCCUAAACCCGGCGAUAUCUUCCUCUGUAGCGCUCCGAAAAGUGGAACUACUUGGCUCAAAGCACUGAGUUUCGCCAUCGUCACUCGAAACCUUUACGACACCUCCAAUAGUCCAUUACUUACCAAGGGUCCUCAUUAUUGUGUCCCAAAUAUGGUCGGGUUUGAACAUAAACCAGACAUACGUCAACCAGGUAUCCCACUCAUACCCACCCAUGCACCUUACCCAUUGUUUGCCCAAAUCUGUUUUGGGUUCCGGUGAUGUUAAAGUUGUUUACAUUUGUCGAGACCCCGAAAGAUGCGUUUGUUUCCAUGUUUCACUUUGCAGCCAAGCAAAGGCCGAGGGAAAACGAACACAUUUCGAUAGAGGAGGCUUUUGAGCUUUUCUGUCAAGGGAGGUCUGUUUUUGGACCGGCUUGGGAUCAUAUUCUGGCUAUCGGAAAGCUAGUCAAGAACGACCGGAAAAGGUAAUGUUUUUGAAAUACGAAGAAGUGAUGAAUGAUAGUGAGUUGUAUGUGAAAAAAUUGGCUGAGUCUAUAGGGUACCCUUUUAGCUUUGAAGAAGAACAAGGUGGGCUAGUGAAGAAACUAAUAGAUUUAUGCAGUUUUGAGAACUUGAGUAAUUUAGACGUGAACAAGACGGGAAACGACAUGAAGACGACGAUGAGGCAACGAACAAGACGUUCUUCAGAAAAGGCUAGGUUGGAGAUUGGCAAAACCAUCUUACACCCGAGAUGGCUAAUCGGCUCGACAAUAUAGUGGAGCAAAAACUGAGUGGAACCGGUUUGAGUUUUGAACUCAACAAUGGAUCAUCUUGAUGGACUAAAAUCAUUUGUCUUUCGGGUAAUAAUUGUGUGUUCAUUUGCAACUGUGUUUGGUUUGGAUGCGUUGAGUUUCUUGUUCAAAGAUCCAAACAUGUUAUUGAAACCUAUUUCUCUCUGUUAUUGAGAUUCAUGUUUGGAAUAA